AUGGAGAGCGCGAGGCACGGUGGAACAAAAGCAGUGCUCAAGUUCUCUGCGAUAGUCGUCCUGGUUUUGUGGACGUUCUUGUGGUUUAUGAGACCAUUGGACGCGUAUCAGAAGUUUUGGACCCCCGCGCAGGCUCAAACACGGACCAAAGCAUACUACAAUGGUAAGCAGCUUCUAAAGUUUCUAUGGAUACCAUUAACGACCCUUGCAGGACCGCAGAUCGUGGUAUAUUGCGCUCCGAUCAUUUUCGCGGGGAUCGCAACGGCUCUGGCUUAUCACCACAAGAGAAAGCAGGCCUUCAAGAUCAAGAACAGCAGCUUACGAGCCUUCAGGAGCAAUCCAGAAACAUACCCACUAUUCAUCAGGGGACCACUUUCGAUUGUUUCAGCGGCGGACUUCCUUUUCUUAUGCGCUUUGGUGCUCUUUACCGUCUACACCUUCACGGCUUACUACAUACGAUCGGUGAACUCAAUAAAUCGAGCCAAGCUUCGUGAGCCCUUGUGGCACAAGAAGCUAGAGAUAGCAGCAGUGGAAGCGGGUCUAGCUGGUCUCUUUUGCAUGGCAAUCCUGUUCUUCCCAGUGACUAGAGGCUCUACACUUCUCCGACUUCUCAACAUUCCUUUUGAGCACGCAGUCAAAUACCACAUUUGGAUUGGAAUCACCAUGCUGGUGGCUUGGACUGUUCAUGGGCUGUUGUACAUAAUCUACUGGAUAAUCGAGAAAAAGAUCCACGAGCUCUGGGCCUGGCACAGCGACGAGAUAAGUGGCUUGUCUGGACUCAUUGCGUUGAUAAUUGGACUAGUAAUGUGGGCGACUUCUAUCGGCUGGGUUCGCAAGGCAAACUUUGAGCUUUUCUAUUACACCCAUCAUCUAUACAUACUGUUCAUCCUCUUUUUUGGCUUGCACCUUGGAGAUCGAUUCUACGCUAUGGUUCUGGGUGGCGUCAUGUUAUUCGCCGUAAAUCGACUCUUGAGAUUUGUGCAAUCUCGACAAAAGGUUGAUGUCAUGGGAGUAAGAGUGCUGAGCUCCGAGACCAUUGAGCUCGUGUUUGCAAAGGAACCAGCCAUCUCGAAACUGGACUGGCAUCCUUUCACGGUUAUUUCCAGCUCCAAUGUCGAGACCGACCGUCUUACACUCCUGAUAAAAAAGAAUGGAGACUGGACCUCAAAGAUCAUUAGCAUGAUCCAAGAUAAUGGAGGAUCGCUGCAGCUUGAGGCUGGAAUAGAAGGUCCUUAUGGCCACAACUUGGACUACAUAUCAAGAUACCAGGUGCUAGUUUUCAUUGCUGGAGGAAGUGGCAUCUCUCCAUUCUUGUCCAUGCUCAAAGAUAUCCUCUACAGCAUCCAAGCAAAGUCUCUCACGCCACCCAAAGAUAUCAUCCUCGUCUACACAGUCAAGACGUCGGACGAGCUCCAUAUCCUCAACUCGAUCACUCCAGCUCUGAUCUGCCCAGAGUUUGCGCACGCUCUCAACAUCAAAGUCCAAGCGUAUGUCACCCGCGAGCAAGCAGCAGACUUGGAGCAAAACAACGCCGGCCCGAAAGAGAUCCAGCUGCUCAAAGCUCCGAGCAUAAGAAAAGGCGGCCCAGUGCUGAUCCACGCCGAGCCAUCUCCAAAGUCCGUGACAAGGUAUGCUGCUCAGCAGCUGCGAGCAAUUUCUCCACCUUUGGCUGGGAGGGGCGUCGUCGAAGCGGCCGUCAUCUUCGCGUCCUUCUUCGGGUUUAUGUUCCUGGCCGGGAUCAUUGGCCGCUUCUGGAUUUACAGGCACUAUACUUCCAAGGACAAGGACUUUGAUCGAUCUCUUGGAGCAUUCCUGGCUUUUCUCGAGUCACUCUUUGGUGUUAUAAUUGCUGGAGCAGCCAUUGCGUACGUUGCAAACUCCGUCAGGAGGAAGAAGCAAUGGACGCCAUCGCCCACAACAAUGACCAAUGUGGGAUCUCCGGAAGAAAGCCUCAAGCCUGUCAGCGUUCACUAUGGACAUCGUCCAGAUUUUGCGAGUGUAUUUGCUGGUCUUGCCAAGAGCACCAUUAACAUGAAUGUGGGAGUGUUUGCUUGCGGCCCCAUGAGCAUGCAGGAAGGCGUUGCAGCGUUAUGCCAGGAGUAUAGAAAAACUGCUGAGAACGCGACCUACAAUUAUCAUUCGCUGAAUUUCGACUUGUAGGCUUGAAAAUGCGAUAGGUCAACAGGAAUCUCACCGGACUAGAAACCUCUCCAUUCCAAUAGCAAGAGAUGCAUUCAGAGAAAAG